GAACCCACGAUUGCCCUUUUCUCCACCUCCUGCUUAUCGUAUACUCCACCCAGAACCUUCUAGAAACAAUAAAACCUAACUCUCCCCGCCUUUCUCCUGAGAUCUCAACCCGCAUCUUCCGAUCAUUUCUGCUCGUCGUCUCAUCAUCAUCAACAUCACUUUCUUCUUUCCAUGAACUUCCUGUUUGGUCCUGGGGAUAAACGAAGACAGAGUUCCUCCUUUUUUUUUCCCUUUGACAAGGGACGAAAAACUGAAUCUCCAUCAGUUGUGGAAUAAGAAAAAGGAAAACCAUAAGGAAGAAGAAAUCCGUCUCGAAACUUCCAGUAACUUAGGGUUCGGAACUUGCUGACCGAACCCAUGCCGGGAGAACAAACUGCCGAAUCACCGGCCGGCGAGUCGCAGAGAUCGCUGCCGACUCCCUUUCUCACGAAGACCUACCAGCUGGUGGAUGAUCCGUCUGUCGAUGAGCUGAUUUCCUGGAACGAAGACGGAUCUACGUUCAUCGUGUGGCGCCCCGCUGAGUUCGCGCGGGAUUUGCUUCCCAAGUAUUUCAAGCACAACAAUUUCUCUAGCUUUGUUCGUCAGCUCAAUACUUACGGAUUUAGAAAGGUGGUGCCCGAUCGGUGGGAAUUUGCGAAUGAUUGCUUUCGAAGAGGAGAGAAAGCUCUGCUGCGCGACAUACAGCGGCGGAAAAUCUCGCAGCCUGCCGUGGCGCCGGCAACGUCGGUGACGGCGGCGGCGGCGACACCUACUGUUGCAUAUGCCGCGUCGCCGUCGAACUCCGGCGAAGAACAAGUGAUAUCAGCAAGUUCUUCUCCCGUGGCCGGAGCAGUUGUUGCCGGUGCGACUCUGCAGCGAACUACGAGCUGCUCCACGGCGCCGGAGCUGAUUGAGGAAAACGAGAGGCUGAGGAAAGAAAACAUGCAGCUGAGUGAUGAGUUGACGCGGCUGAAGGGGUUGUGUAACAACAUACUUGCGUUGAUGACGAACUACGCUUCCAGCCAGAUGGAGGGCAGCAGUCCGCAGGAGGGGCAGGCGUUGGAGCUGAUGCCAGGAAGGCAGUCGGCGGAGCCGAUGGAGAUGGAGGAUAUCGCAGCGAAGCUAGAUGAGGAGGUGACCCCUAGGCUAUUCGGGGUUUCAAUUGGGGUUAAGCGAGUGAGGAGAGAGGAUGAGGAAGAGAGUCAAGGGGUGCAGGAGGAGGAAAUAGAGCCGGGGUCAGAAGUGAAAUGUGAGCCAUUAGAUGGUAGCUCUGAUAAUCACGAGACUUCAUGGCUGGAACUUGGUAAGUGAAAAAACAUUAUUGUUGGGUAUAGGUGGGAAUUGACCCGAGGGCAAGGGGAAUCCGGAAGGGAAGGGAUGUCACGUGGGCGGGUGUAAGCGCGACACGUGUCUGUGGGCUUGAAUGGUCUAGUAGCUUCCUGUACUUGAAAUAGAAAGCCGUUGAAUUGUGGGGUCUGGAAUUUUUUAAUUGAUCCGAGGAGGGGAGGGGAUGGAUGGAAUCUUUAAAUUUGCUUCAAAUGGAGCGGAAGGAAACGUUGUAAAAGUUGCGAAAAAAGGGUAAUGGGUUGCUCUGCUAAGAAGAAAGGGACAGAGAAAACUUAUUUGUUAAUUAGUUCUGAUUCAACGUGUAGUUGAUGAUUAGUGUACUCUAGAGAUUAGUGAUGCUUCAGGUUCUCUGUGUAAUCUUUAUUAGCUAAUCAUGGUAUUGGUUUCUUUGGUUACUUGUAGAUUUGAGCAUUAUUCUUUCCCAAGUGAUGUAGGAAAAUAAAGGGAGGUUUCCACUAACCUCUAAUC